GGAGCGAAACAUCAUCACGCAUUCUACCACCCAAUAAGAAUGAGCAGUAAACAGUUAAAAGUGGUCCCAAACGAUCCAAUUGAGUUGGGAGACGAUGGUGCAGCAGUAUCCACUCCCACUGAACCCGAAACAGCGGCUGCAAUCGAGUCAAAACUGACAACUCCCGAUGUAUCUACCAAACCUGAAGAGUCCACCAAAGAAGAAGAGGUUGAAGUGGAAGAAGACGAAGCACCUCCUCCAGCACCACCCAGACCGGUAUCACCGAUCACGGCGAUUAAAACCAACUUGAAGGAAGCAUUUCCAAUGCUUGAUGACAGAAUCAUUACCGGGGUAUUGAUUGCUAGUCAAGGUAACUUGGAUACGUCCUUUAAUGCGUUGCUCUACAUAUCCGACGAAACAAUUGAAGAACCGGAAAUUCCCGCUGCUGGUGUUCCAGCUUACGAAGGCUCUUCUUUAUCAGCUUCUAGCACCAAGGUUCCGGUGACAGAAACUGACGAUGAGGCGUUGGCAAGAAAGUUGCAGAAAGAGUUUGAGUUGGAAGAGAGACGAAGCAGAAGACGCCAAAAAGAAGCCCAGCGUCGAAAAUUGCAACACAGUGAUGAUGACUCGCCUGACGAGUUUGAUCAGAUCAAAGAAACCUUUACUCAAGGUAUUGAAGAAGCUCGUACGACGUUGAACGGAUGGGUCAGUGGUUUGACCAAGAGGUUUGACGGCAACGAAACUCAGUCUAAGAAGAGCAGUGAUCCUCCCAAACUCUUUGGAGCUUUGGGAGGUUCGAGUGCUCAGCGGAAUACCAGGAAGUUUGAUGAAGAUCCUCAGAUUAUAUCCAAUGACUUCCACCAGAAAAUCAGUUUGGAUGAUAACGAUGAUAAAGGACCUGUGUUGCCCAAGCGGAAAACCAACGACUGGAAUGAAGGCACUACGAAUGUCCCUCUUAACAGUGAUGCGUUUAUGGUGACAGAUUCAGAGGAUGAAGACAAGAAGGAAAUCAAGUUGUAGCUAAUAGGUAGUUGCGGUUUUUUCUUCAUUUUGGUACGUACGACCUAAAUCUAAAUUACACUAUUUACAUUAACUAAAUCAAAAGCAAAUCAUCAUAACUCCAUAAAAUCAAAAUCAACUGUUGUUGAACAAAUUCAACGUCUUAAACAACGGCUUCUCAUUAAGGUUCAACUUCAAAGGCUGGGGUUCGUAUUUGGAGAUCUUGAUCAUGGGGCACUUCAAGAUCUUGUUUUGCUUUGGUAAGUUCAAUUUGUUGGUGAGAAGCUUGUUCAAGAACUUCAUAAUCUCUUUCUCAUCCUGGCAUUGCUUGAAAAAUUCCAGGAGCUGUGACAACUCGACGAUUUCGUUGGAUAUCUUGUCUUUGUUUGAUUUGAGUAACCGCAAAGACGACGUCAAUGCUAUGUAAUCGGGGUUCCUAUCGAGGUCUUGACUUUCAUUAACUUCAGGUUCUUCCACGGGCGUCAUAGCUUGUUCAAGCUUUGGUUCCUCAUGUUGGGGAACAAGAUCCUCCUCGUCAUCAUCGUAGUAGUCCUCGUCUUUAGGGGUGAGCAAGUAGUUUUCAAAAGUCACGGCUUUAGGCUUUUCCUUCUUUUCAAGCUUAACAAAGCUUAGUUUGCUCUUGCUGGUGUUUGUUAUGUCUUCCAACUCAUUCUUUCUCAUCUUCAUCUCGGAGAUGGCCAUUAUGAACAAAUGAGGUAUGGUAAAUCAACAAAUGUGUUGGGGAAUUCCCGAUUCUGCAAAUAAUUACUAGUAGCCGCCACCAAACGAAAACGAAAUGUGUUUAUAUUUCGAUUUGAUUUCUUGGGAGGAGGGCAAACGUAGAACGCAGAAGCAACAAUAAUACGAAUGGGUAUGGGUAUAGCUGAAAAAUUAACUAUAAGAUAACCAGUAUCCUGCUGUUGGUUAAUUUAUACAACUGGUGUCCAGGGAUUGUUUAACUUCCUGAUAGAUUUGAAAAAUU